AUAUGCGAAUAGCAACGGUAAACAUCUUUUCAUUAUGUUGUGCAAUAAGUUUGUCGAUGUGUGGUGCAAUUUUGUCUUUUGAAGCUAGAGGCUGUAUAAACAUGAUAAAAGAAGAUCAGAAAUCACGUUGUCUCUCAUCAGUACACAAAGCACGGGUUGCUUGCCCAAGUCGUCAGGUUUUCUGUGCAGGAGUGUGAUCAGAUUCAGUGGUACGGUGACGUGAACAGCUACUGCUAUAUACAGAUCAUGGCAGAGGCUCUGGACCCUUAUUCUCAUUUCUCAGAGGAUCUGUCUAGUGAACUGGAGGCCCUCCGUGCAAUAUUUGUGGGUGAGGGAGAAUUUAAAGUUGAGGAGUUACCAAGAGAUGGAGACUAUUGCUGUGUGGUGCAAGUGCAACCAGAAGGUCUGGCUGUGGGUCUGCAGUUCUCUCUACCUGAGACCUAUCCUGAAACCGGUCCAAAGAUAGAGAUUGUACCGAAUGACAAAGGUGUUCUGAAUGAUGGGCCACUCUUGACUGAGCUCCUGCAGCUGCUGUAUCAGUCAGCACAAGAGUUUGCAGGAGAACCAGUGAUGUACACACUAGUAGAUGCUGCCAAGGAAUGGCUGGAGGGGCGGAGCAUCAGAAGAGAGGAGGAGGAUGAAGGCAGCCACAGUGAUGGUGAACAAGAAGAAUCAGUUGAUGGAGAAUUAGUUACACGCAGUCAUAAAAACAAAAAGAAGUCAAAAAAGCUUGACUUUGAUGAAGAAGAGGACAGGAAGGUAAAAGGGAAACAGAAAAAAAAGAAGCAGCCAGUUGAAGAUGAUCUGGGUCCGGGCAAGAAAUCAAGGAUGAAGACAGCCUCAGAGGUGAUUUCCCGCAUCCAGUGGGACAAGCAGGUCCGCCAGGAGGACUUCAUCAUCGGUUACCUGGACCGCUUCAAGGGUGUCAUCGAGAAACCCUUCACAGCAUUCAGCUGGGUGGACAUAGCCACUGUGGAUGAUUACGUGACGCUGACAAUACCCAGGCACCGUAUCCAGUAUUUCAAAUACAAGGACCAGGUCGUGUGGGAUAAGAAUGAACGGCUGGAUGACAUCUUCGGUUCAACGGGCAGCAAUAAGACAAUUCUGGACACUGUGGAGAUGUUCGAAAAAGAGAACCAGAACACUGAGGAGAAGGAGGCAUGUGAUGCAGUGGAGAAUGAGGAGCGAAUGGAAAUAACAGAAGAAUCACAGCAAGAACAUGCUACACUACAAACAGAGAGGAGGCAGCGACCUUCACGCAGCGCCAAUUACUUCUUUGCUAUCCGCAUCACCGAUCCCGUCAUCCGCAGGUGUGUCCAACGCAUCCAGAAUGCAGUCUGUGAUGACGAGCCACGUCUGGAGAACUGGCGCACCGACACUGCCCGUCUCCACCUCACACUGUGCACAAUGCGCCUGGACGGCCAGGAGGAUAUGUCCAAGGCCAUGCAAGUCCUCAAGGUGCUCCAGGGAGACAUCUCCAGCCUCCUCUCCCCUGUCACCAUGCUCAGGUUUCAAGGGUUGGACCAAUUUCAUGGCCGCAUCCUGUACUCUGCUCCAGAGGAGUCCCCGGCCCUGGCCAAACUCUCCCAGAUGCUACAGGUGGGGUUGGCUGAGGCAGGAAUCAAUUUAGCGGGCAAUCGCCCCGAAUUCAGCCCCCAUAUGACUCUCCUAAAGGUGGAUCGGAGGGCAACUGAUGCGUUUGACAACACACCCAUACGCCUUGAUCAUUACCAACAAUUCUCACAAGCAUUUAUUGGUGUACAACCCAUAGAUACCAUCCACCUGUGCUCCAUGAUGGACCCUCCCCGGCCAGAUGGGUUUUACUAUUGCCUUGGUAGUAUGGACAUUCAGUCUGAACACUCAAUCUAGCCUUGAAAUGAAAGAACCGCUUUACUCACAACAAUAUUAAACUAUAUAUUUUAAGUUUACCCUUGUCCUGUACUUUAAUGAACAGGAAUAUUUAAUUUCAAAGAUGAGAUUGCACCGGGGAGAUGUAAAUGAAUUUUGGAUUUUUUCCCUGCCCAAGGAGUAUUUUUAGAUGUAACUACCUCUGAUAGGUCUCUUGCAUAAAUCAUUCAAAAGCUAUUCUAGCACACCAACAGUUUGAUUUGUCAGCCUUAAGCUACUAUAGUUGGAUUUAGGGACCUGGAAAGGGUCACACAACAUAAAGUUGUCCUUCGAAACGUGCCAUGGAGAUUCUUGAGUCAAACCUUUGCAACUACAAACUUUAAGCAGUGUACUCAACAGCAAGGACACAUUUACCAACUUGUCAGGAGUUGGCAAGCCGUUGUUUGUCUAGUUGGUUCCAUUUAUAAGUAUGGUCUACUGAAGAUGGUGUGACUACACCUACAUGUAGACACGUUUUUUGAGAGGGAGGCAUAAUGACUCAGAUCAACAUUUCUCAAUGAUAUAUUUUACGGCAACAACAAGUCAUCUAGCUGAGUGUGCAUGGAUUGUUAAAUGCCACCAGAUCUGCAAAUAUGCCCAGAUGUAUUCAGAUUAAACCUCCAUUUAAGUAAUAAUAAAUCUGCAUUUGUGUAGAGCUCAGCCUUUAGAUCUCCCCACAGAAUUCAUUGCAUAUGUAGUGCCCUACAUACAUAAGUCAGUAAAAAUAGAAGAU